AUGUCCAUGUAUCCGCAUCAGCAGCGCAUGGGCGGGCCUCCGAGCAAUCAGGCCCGUCUGAACGAGCUUCUCGAUCAGAUUCGAGCCGAAUUUGAUUCCCAACUACGCCAGUCGGGUGAAUUCGAGCAUCAGAUCGCUGCGCAGGUCAGCGAGAUGCAGCUCGUCAGAGAAAAGGUUUAUGCAAUGGAGCAGACGCACAUGACUUUGAAGCAAAAGUACGAGGAAGAAUUGAGCGUUCUGCGACAUCAAUUAGCAGAGGCUACACGCGGCAAGGGCAGCGUUGGCCAGCCUGCGAUGAGCGGUCCACCUCAACAUGCUGGUCCCUCUCAGCAACCGCCUUCGAUUGCACCAGGCAAUGGCCUCUUCAGCGGUAUCAUGUCGGGGGGCAACCAAGCAGGAUUGGCUCCCCCACAACAGCAGCAGCCACCACCACAUCAGCAGCAUGGGCCACCGCAGGAGGCGCAGAUGGGGCCUCAGCACCAGAUGGCGCAAGGCCCUCCAGGUCUCAAUGGACCUCCGCACCCGUCAGCACAGCAGCAACAGCCACAACAGGGCCCAUAUCAGCAGCCAUACCCCCAGGGCCACAUGUCCAAUGGCAUGGGCCCUCAGCCACCGCAAAGCACUGCGUCGCCCGGUCCUGGACGCCGACCUAUCGGGCGCCCUCCCAACGGCGUAGGGCCAGCCACUCCCCAAAUCAACACUCCCGUUCCGUACCCUCCGAAUGCCCAGUCGCCCCAGAUCAACCAGCCGACCCCGGAUCAUGCGCGCAUGGGCGGUCCUCGACCACCUCAGGCCGUCGGUAAUGCACUAGGGGAGCUUGAGCCUGACAAUGUCGCGCCCCAUAACAAGAAAACUGGCAGCGAUUGGUACGCGAUCUUCAACCCACAAGUACAGCGCGUACUCGACGUUGAUUUGAUCCACUCGCUUCAGCACGACAGCGUUGUUUGCUGCGUGCGCUUUAGCCAAGAUGGCAAGUACGUCGCGACUGGCUGCAACCGUUCCGCCCAGAUCUUUGAUGUGACCACGGGAGAGAAAGUAUGUGUCCUCGAGGACCAAAGUGCAUCCGAUCCCAUGGGUGGAACAGAUCUAUACAUCCGCAGCGUAUGCUUCAGUCCUGAUGGUCGUUUCCUGGCCACGGGCGCUGAGGACAAGAUCAUCCGAGUUUGGGAAAUUGCGACGAGGACGAUCCGAUGCCACUUCACCGGCCACGAGCAAGACAUUUACUCCCUCGACUUUGCCCGAGAUGGACGCACGAUUGCUUCUGGCAGUGGUGACAGAACCGUCCGCCUUUGGGACAUUGAUCAGAACCUCAACACAUCGACCUUGACGAUUGAGGACGGCGUCACUACCGUGGCCUUCUCGCCCGACACCCAGUUCGUUGCAGCCGGCUCGCUCGACAAGAGCGUCCGUGUCUGGAGCAUAGACGGCAGCGCUGUUACCCUUGUUGAGCGUCUUGAGGGACCUGAUGGCCAUCAAGACUCUGUCUACUCUGUCGCGUUCUCGCCGAACGGCAAGGACCUGGUCAGUGGCAGCUUGGACAAGACCAUCAAAAUGUGGGAGCUGGGCGCGCCGCGCGCCACUCGCGACGGACCCUCUCGGGGUGGCAAGUGUAUCAAGACAUUUGAAGGUCACCGCGACUUUGUCCUUUCCGUCGCCAUGACACCUGACGCCAACUGGGUGCUUUCGGGAUCCAAGGACCGCGGUGUGCAAUUCUGGGACCCCCGCACCGGGACCACGCAGCUCAUGCUGCAGGGCCACAAGAACUCGGUCAUCUCGGUAGCGCCCUCUCCACUGGGCAGCUACUUUGCCACUGGUUCCGGUGACAACAAGGCUCGCAUUUGGUCGUACCGCCCUAUAUAA